AUGCCCCCUCUGCGUUCUCCCUGUUUUCAUGCCCCCUCUGCGUUCUCCCUGUUUUCAUGCCCCCCUGUUUUCGUGCCCCCUCUCCGUUCUCCCUGUUUUCAUGCCCCCUCUCCGUUCUCCCUGUUUUCGUGCCCCCUCUCCGUUCUCCCUGAUUUCAUGCCCCCUCUCUGUUCUCCCUGUUUUCGUGCCCCCUCUCCGUUCUCCCUGUUUUCAUGCCCCCUCUCCGUUCUCUCUGUUUUCAUGCCCCCUCUCCGUUCUCCUUGUUUUCGUGCCCCCUCUGCGUUCUCCCUGUUUUCAUGCCCCCUUUGCGUUCUCCUUGAUUACAUGCCCCCCUUGCGUUCUCCCUGUUUUCAUGCCCCCUCCGCGUUCUCCCUGUUUUCAUGCCCCCCUGUUUUCAUGCCUCCUCUCCGUUCUCCCUGUUUUCAUGCCCCCUCUCCGUUCACCCUGUUUUCGUGCCCCCUCUCCGUUCUCCCUGUUUUCAUGCCCCCUCUGCGUUCUCCCUGUUGUCAUGCCCCCUCUUCGUUCUCCCUGUUUUCAUGCCCCCCUGUUUUCAUGCCCCCUCUCCGUUCUCCCUGUUUUCAUGCCCCCUCUCUGUUCUCCCUGUUUUUGUGCCCCCUCUCCGUUCUCCCUGUUUUCAUGCCCCCUCUCUGUUCUCCCUGUUUUCGUGCCCCCCUCUCCGUUCUCCCUGUUUUCAUGCCCCCUCUCCGUUCUCCCUGUUUUCUUGCCCCCUCUGCGUUCUCCCUGUGUUCAUGCCCCCUCUGCGUUCUCCCUGUUUUCAUGCCUCCUCUCCGUUCUCCCUGUUUUCACGCCCCCUCUCCGUUCUCCUUGUUUUCGUGCCCCCUCUCCGUUCUCCUUUUUUUCAUGCCCCCUAUCUGUUCUCCCUGUUUUCGUGCCCCCCUCUCCGUUAUCCCUGUUUUCAUGCCCCCUCUCCGUUCUCCCUGUUUCAUGCCCCCUCUGCGUUCUCCCUGUGUUCAUGCCCCCUCUGCAUUCUCCCUAUUUCCAUGCCCCCAUUGCGUUCUCCAUAUUUUCAUGCCCCCUCUGCAUUCUCCCUGUUUUCAUGCCCCCUCUGCGUUCUCCCUGUUUUCAUGCCCCCUCUCCGUUCUCCCUCUUUUCGUGCCCCCUCUCCGUUCUCCCUGUUUUCAUGCCCUCCUUCUGUUCUCCCUGUUUUCGUGCCCCCUCUCCGUUCUCCCUGAUUUCAUGCCCCCUCUCUGUUCUCCCUGUUUUCGUGCCCCCUCUCCGUUCUCCCUGUUUUCAUGCCCUCCUUCUGUUCUCCCUGUUUUCAUGCCCCCUCUCCGUUCUCCCUGUUUUCAUGCCCCCUCUCCGUUCUCCCUGAUUUCUUGCCCCCUUUCCGUUCUCCCUGUUUUCAUGCCCCCUUUGCGUUCUCCUUGUUUUCAUGCCCCCUCUGCGUUCUCCCUGUUUUCAUGCCCCCCUGUUUUCAUGCCCCCUCUCCAUUCUCCCUGUUUUCAUGCCCCCUCUCCGUUCUCCCUGUUUUCGUGCCCCCUCUCUGUUCUCCCUGAUUUCAUGCCCCCUCUCUGUUCUCCCUGUUUUCGUGCCCCCUUUCCGUUCUCAUUGUUUUCAUGCCCCCUCUCCGUUCUCCCUGUUUUCAUGCCCCCUCUGCGUUCUCCCUGUUUUCAUGCCCCCUCUGCGUUCUCCCUGUGUUCAUGCCCCCUCUGCAUUCUCCCUAUUUCCAUGCCCCCAUUGCGUUCUCCAUAUUUUCAUGCCCCCUCUGCAUUCUCCCUGUUUUCAUGCCCCCUCUGCGUUCUCCCUGUUUUCAUGCCCCCUCUCCGUUCUCCCUCUUUUCGUGCCCCCUCUCCGUUCUCCCUGUUUUCAUGCCCUCCUUCUUCACAAUAG